GUGUGCUGUGCGUUCGACAAAACUGACUUGAUUUCUUCUCUUCUGUUUCUUUGCCAGUGACAAACACUACUCUUGUCAUGUCAACAACCUAACUUGAUUGUUGACGCUCUUAUUAAGCACUGCAAUCUUCCACUGUGACUUUCAAAGCCACAGGCACCGUCUGCAUCACUCAAUCAUCCUUGUUCUGCGCCGGAAGAAAUUUCUCACCGGGUCUUCCAGCUUACCACCACCGUUGGCAGAUUCGCAGCUCUGGCGCUCUUCACUCUCUUCCUGAGUGACAACGCCUAGGCUGAAUCAGCCCCUUAGAAUCUACCAGUGAUCUCUUCAACCCCUUCUAUGAGCCGAAAAGACCUGCUACGAUUCCUGUCCAAGCCAGCAAAACCUCGAUAACACCAGCUACUUGCCUACCGUUCGAACAACAGAUCAGAAACAUCAAUAAAUUGUGUCCUUGGAACCCUCAGCUUCCUUAAGGGCCCAAAUUUGACCUAGAUACUCUCGACAGUAUCGCCUCAGCCCCUCGAUUUUUCUCACAACUGCCCACAAUUCCGUUCAUUCAAGAGAUCUUCUUCCUCCUCUCCUCCUCCCGGCCUCCAUAACGACCCUUCGGGAUACACUCCAAAACCCCAACAUUGCUGCUGGCAAAAGCCAGCCUCCAUCUUUCCCACAGAUAGUGGGCCUUCUCUCCUCAGGCGGACACCGCAUUGUUCGUCUGGGUGGCAGAUAGUGCUUCACUGUAUCGAAAGAUCAGUGACCUUCACAGCCCCUGCCUUUGCAACUCCGAGGACUCUGUCCAUUUUCGGAAAGGAUAUGGUACAUAUUGGGAUCCCCCCACAUUAUACAGCUUCGCCUUCGAGUUGGAGUCAUACGCCGUCCUUGACUAUCAAUCAUGAUGCCGCCGUCGACCUCGACUCGAGCAAUGCAUUUGAAGGCCCCGAGAAACUUCUAGAGGUGUGGUUCAGUCCAUCUGCCAAUGAUCUUGGAAAAUGCUCCCAGCCUCUGGGCCUCAAGGCCGUCCCGGCUGAGAUCUGGAAGGGUAUGCUUGACCUCGUCAAUUGCAAGGUCUUGUCUAUUGUCGAGUCCGAAGACGUCGAUGCCUACCUCCUUUCCGAAUCCAGCAUGUUUGUUUUCCGCCACAAGCUGAUCCUCAAGACCUGCGGCACCACCACCUUGCUAUGUGGUCUCCCACGCAUCCUGGAAAUUGCUACCGUCUUUGGGGGAUUCGAACGCUCGACCGCUCCUCCCUCCCGUGGUAUUGUAGUGGCUGCCCCACCAUAUCGCGUCUUCUACAGUCGCAAGAACUUCUUGUUCCCCGAUCGUCAGCAUGGCCCACAUCGUAGCUGGCGUGAUGAAGUCCAUACCCUGGACAAGUUGUUCGUGGGAGGCAGCGCAUACAUGAUCGGCAAGAUGAAUGGCGAGCACUGGUACCUGUACCUGACCGAGCCGCAUACCGUCUUGACCCCUCCAGCGAGCCCACAGAGCAUGGACAGCCCAGGCACCGAGACCAAGGUAUUGGACAUGCCUUCCUCCCUCGUCGUUGAUCGCGGAUCCAAGGUGGCCGAAGGAGAAGAUGAAACUUUGGAGAUUCUCAUGACUGAUCUGGACGAGGAGAAUGCCAAGCAAUUCUACCUCGACCAUGCGAGUGCGGUCGCAGAAGAUCAGUGGAGAGGCUCUCAGAAGAGCGAAGACGAUCAUGUCGAUGUCUUCAGCCAUACCUCCUCUGACGCCGGCGAUCUCUCCAUGAGCGAGGAGAGAUUUCCUGAGGAAUUGACCACCGAAGGCCACGCUCUUGGCACCAUCGUUUCUGAAUCUUGUGGAUUGUCCGCCAUCUAUCCCAAGGAACACUAUCCAGAUGCACGUGUCGAUGCCUAUUUGUUUACUCCAUGUGGAUUCUCGGCCAAUGGAGUCAUUCCUGCUCCCCGCGGCGAGAAAGGGACUCAUUACUUUACCGUUCAUGUCACGCCUGAGCCGAUCUGCUCAUAUGCAUCCUUUGAGACCAAUGUACCCGUUGGUCAGAAGGGCCGCGAGACCGUCGAGAUCAUCCAGCAUGCUGUCGACAUUUUCAAACCCGGACGAUUCUCAGUCACAUUGUUCGAAGCCAAAAGCAGCGAAGAGGAGAAACACCAUGCGGACCAUGACGCUCUCGCGGAGAUGAGAAUGUUGGAACGUCAAAUUGCUCGUCGAAACAAUAAGAUGGAGCACAUCAAUGGCUACCGCCGUGUGGAUCGCAUCGUGCAUGAAUUGGAUGGAUAUGACUUGGUCUUCCGGUACUAUGAGCGUUGGGAUUGGAAGGCAGGUACUGCUCCUCGAAUUGGAGAGAAGGUAUGAUGGAGCUGUCAAUGACUCAUUGGCCUGGGUGUCGAUACAUGAAAUUGUGGUUUUCCUAUUAGUUUAGUCUGGUUGAUUGACCCGUUGCGUUGCCUGUCUUUGUGAUGGCAUGAGGACGACCCGUACGGUCGACCACAUACAUCCUGCGGGCUUUACACUCCCUUUGAGGUCCUAAUUCAUAGACCUACAUAUGCAAAUCAGAUGGAAGCCGCUUUUUGGCAACUUUGGCACUCUGAGAAUAUCGCAGGCUAUGGAAAGUCGCCGUCUCUUUAAUCUAACUUUUACGCUAUAUGAUUGGCUCGAGUUUUUCCGAGUGAUGUUGGAGUGCCACAUGAGUAAGUUGGGAGGGUGCCCUGAGAGAAGUGCCCUAGAGAGAAAUGCCAUGUGGAGGGAGACCUAUGUAGAGUGCGCUGGAGAGGGUGCCCUAGAG